AGGGCGCAAGCGCACUGCGUCCCGAGUCUCGGGACCCUUUUCCGAGACACUAUGGCGCUCAACAAGAAUCACUCGGAGGGCGGCGGAGUGAUCGUCAACAAUACCGAGAGCAUCCUGAUGUCCUAUGACCAUGUAGAACUUACGUUCAGUGACAUGAGGAAUGUGCCAGAGGCCUUCAAAGGGACCAAGAAAGGCACCGUCUACCUUACCCCGUACCGGGUCAUCUUUCUGUCCGAGCGGACGGAUGCUGUGCAGUCCUUCAUGAUGCCGUUUUAUCUGAUGACGGGCUGUGAGGUCAAGCAGCCUGUGUUCGGAGCAAACUACAUCAAGGGGACAGUGAAGGCUGAAGCAGGAGGUGGCUGGGAAGGCUCUGCAUCGUACAAGUUGACCUUUAUGGCGGGGGGCGCCAUCGAAUUUGGACAGCGGAUGCUACAGGUGGCAUCUCAAGCCUCCCGAGGUGAAGCCCCCAACGGAGCCUAUGGUUACUCUUACAUGCCCAGCGGGGCCUAUGUCUUCCCCCCACCAGUCGCCAAUGGAAUGUACCCCUGCCCUCCUGGCUACCCCUGUCCACUGCCCCCAGCUGAGUUCUAUCCGGGACCUCCCAUGAUGGACGGGGCCAUGGGGUACGUGCAGCCCCCGCCGCCGCCCUACCCCGGGCCCAUGGAGCCUCCAGUCAGCGGCCCCGAUGUCCCCUCCACUCCUGCAGCUGAAGCCAAGGCCGCGGAAGCAGCUGCCAGCGCCUAUUACAACCCAGGCAACCCACACAAUGUCUACAUGCCCACGAAUCAGCCUCCGCCACCUCCUUACUACCCCCCAGAAGAUAAGAAGACCCAGUAGACCGCUCACACCCCCCUCCUCCCGCCUCUUUGUUCUUUCCUCCCCUCCCCUCCCCUUGGGGCUGAGUCUGGGGGUGGGGGCGGGCCUCAUCCUUUCUCCAGGUCUGAUUAUAAAGCAGUCACCAGGAACUAGCUUGGGGUGGGGGAGGACCUCUUGACUUGGAUGAUUAUAAAGCAGUUGCCAGGAACUAGCCUUGAGGGGUGCGGGGAGGGCCCCUUGACUCGGGAGCGGUGCCUCCCAGCUUCCCAUGUGAGCCCAGAGCCCACAGCACUUCCCUUUCACCAUCCCCGGGGGGCAUCCCCCUCGUUCCUGUCCUGCUCUCAUAGCUUCUACCCACGGAGGGACUCUCUGGCCGCCUCCUCCGCCGCAGUCCAGCUCUCUCGUUUUGUAGCCACUUUAUCCUCUCAAGCUUUGCCCUCCCCAGGGACCCCUGCCAGGCCCUGCUCACAUUCCAUCCACUCUGGUCUGUGCCUGGCUGUGGAAGGCCACCUGUCUGCCGGACUGUCAGCCUACAUUCCAUUCCCAGCCAGCCUCAGCCCCCGUCGUGCUCGCCUUCCCUUCCCUGUCCUUGGUCAUCCUGUUGCCACUGCUUUUGACUUUUGGAGCUUUCCCACGAGCCAGCAGGGGGUGGGUGGCAUCAGGGCCAGGCUGCUGCAUCUGGCGAGGGAGCCCCUCUGCUUCCCUGCUAGUUUUUCUGGCACUUGUUUCCCUUUGACUUCUCUCUUUUCCCUCUAGAAGGGGCUUCUUGGAUUGGAGCUGGAGAAUGCAUGUCCACUUGGGGGCUGCCGGGAGGGCCAGGAACAGACCCCUGGGGCCUGGCCUGGGCGCUGACCAUGACCUCUCGCCGGCCCCUGGGGCCUGGCCUGGGCACCUGGGGCUGGCGAGCGGUCCAGCCAGGGGCCUGACCCCUGGGGCCUGGCGUGGGUGCUGACCAUGACCUCUCGCCGGCCCCUUAGCCUGCCCUCUUCCCUUUAAGCUUCUUGCCUGGUUGGUGAUAUGCCCCCUGGAUGCACUAAAAUUUGCUCCCAUUUGCUCCUGGAUUGGCUGUGAAGAGAGGAGAUGGUUAUUUAAAGAGAAUUCCCUAUUUAUUUGACAAAAAAAUUCAGUUAAUAUAUUAAUGUGAAAUAAACCCUGUUUGCACCUUGA